CUCCGCCUCCGUCCGAAAAGCUCCGGAAGUCAGGCCCGGCCCCUUUCCGGAAGCUCUCCGCGAGGGGACCCCUCCCGUCGCCGAGAUUUCUGGGGGACGAGACCCCGCCCACUGGCGGGCUGUGGGUCCCUAAGGCGAGAAGCCCCGCGGCCCGAGCCAGAAGUGAUGGAACCCAGGUGGGACUUGUACAAUGUUGCCCUGUAAGAAGAGAAGGACUACGGUGACUGGGUCCCCACAGCACCAGGGCAGCCAGGAGGAAGAGGACCUAGACCUGGAGUCCGCUGUUAAACCAGUGUCUGACGAGGUGAAAGACUUGGGGUCAGCGUCACUCUCUGGGGGUCCAAGUCAUGGCAGAACGGCUGGCCUCCAAGUGCAGUCCGUGCAGGAGGCAGGAAAUCAGCUUGGCGAGGAGGAUCCACCUCUGAGCUCCAGGGUGCUCACCCAGGACACAAACGCACCAGUUCUGGAAGCUGUUGACGCGGCCAUCUCUCAGGGCAUCGCCCUACCUUCCUUGGAGUCUUCUCAGUCUCUUAUUGUACACACUGGCAAAGGAAAGCUCCAGGCCCCUGGCUCAAGGAGAGGGAAGAAGAUUGCACUCAGGCCUGGGCCAGUUCCCCACGAAGAUAGAGGAGAUCAUCCUGUUACAAAGGAGCCUUUUUCAGGAGAGCCUAGUGAAGAAGUCAAGGAAGAAGGAGGAAAACCUCAGUCUGGAGGGGAGAUGCCUUCACUGCCUCUAGGCGCCCACUCUGCCAAACCGGGAGCCCUGCCUGGGAAGUCCCCUCCGUCACAUGUCUGUGCCUGUCCCCAAGAGAAGCCACUUGGGACUCUGGCUCCACAAGCUGAGGAUGAGACAGAGGACGGCGGACUCUUCAUUCCGAUGGAAGAGCAAGGCAAUGAAGAAAGUGAGAAAAGGCGAAAAAAGAAAAAGGGUACCAAGAGGAAACGAGAUGGAAAGGGUCAAGAAGAAGGCACUUGGGCUUGCGACCUGAAGCUGGACGACGUGCUGGACCGCACGCUGGAGGACGGCGCCAAGCAGCACAACCUGACCGCGGUCAACGUGCGCAACAUCCUCCACGAAGUAAUCACAAAUGAACAUGUGGUAGCUAUGAUGAAAGCAGCCAUCAGUGAGACGGAAGAUAUGCCCAUGUUUGAGCCCAAAAUGACACGCUCUAAACUGAAGGAAGUGGUGGAAAAAGGAGUGGUAAUUCCAACAUGGAAUAUUUCACCAAUUAAGAAGGCCAAUGAAAUUAAGCCCCCUCAGUUUGUGGAUAUUCACCUCGAAGAGGAUGACUCCUCAGAUGAGGAGUACCAGCCAGAUGAAGAAGAGGAGGACGAGACGGCUGAAGAGAGUUUAUUGGAAAGUGAUGUUGAAAGCACCGCUUCGUCCCCACGUGGGGCAAAGAAAUCCAGAUUGAGGCAGGCUUCCGAGGUGACUGAAACGGAUGAGGAGGGCGGCGUAUUAUCGGAGGCUGAGAAAGUACCCACACCUGCCGUUAGGCACAUCAGUGCUGAGGUCGUGCCCAUGGGGCCCCCGCCUCCCCCAAAGCCCAAGCAGAGCAGGGACAGCACUUUCAUGGAGAAGCUGCACGCGGUAGAUGAGGAGCUGGCCUCCAGUCCGGUGUGCAUGGACUCUUUCCAGCCCAUGGACGAUAGCCUCAUUGCAUUCCGAACCCGCUCUAAGAUGCCUCUAAAAGACGUUCCCCUGGGGCAGCUGGAGGCAGAACUCCGGGCUCCAGACAUCACGCCAGACAUGUAUGACCCCAAUACAGCAGACGACGAGGACUGGAAAGUGUGGCUGGGCGGGCUCAUGAACGACGACGUGGGGAAUGAGGAUGAGGCCGAUGAUGAUGACGAUCCAGAAUAUAACUUCUUGGAAGAUCUUGAUGAACCAGAUACAGAGGAUUUCCGCACUGACCGGGCAGUGAGAAUCACCAAGAAGGAAGUGAAUGAACUCAUGGAAGAGCUGUUUGAAACUUUCCAGGACGAGAUGGGACUGUCCAACGUGGAGGAUGACGGCCCAGAGGAGGAGGAGCGCGUGGCUGAGCCCCGGCCUAGCUUCAACACCCCUCAAGCCCUGCGGUUUGAGGAACCACUGGCCAACUUGCUAAAUGAGCAGCACCGCACAGUGAAGGAGCAGCUUGAACAGCUGAAGGUGAAGAAGUCUUCGGGCAGACAGCAGCAGGAGGUCGAGAGGGCGAAGCCCCAGAACGAGAAGGUCCACCAGACACUGACUCUAGACCCGGCGCAGAGGCGGCGGCUUCAGCAGCAGAUGCAGCAGCACGUGCAGCUCUUGACGCAGAUUCACCUUCUUGCCUCCUCCAACCCCAACCUCACUUCGGAGGCCAGCACCACCAGGAUAUUUCUCAAAGAGCUGGGAACCUUUGCUCAGAGCUCCGUCGCUCUCCGCCAUCAGUUCAACCCGAGGUUUCAGACCUUGUUCCAGCCCUGUAACCUGCCGGGGGCAGUGCAGCUCGUGGAAGCCUUCAGCACACAUGUCAGCGUCGACUGGAGUCCUCGGAAAACUGUCAAGAAGACUGCAGAUGAAUUUCCCUGUUUGCCAAAGCAAGUGGCUUGGAUCCUGGCCACGAGCAAGGUGUUCAUGUAUCCAGAGCUACUUCCAGUGUGUUCUCUGAAGGCAAAGAAUCCCCAGGAUAAGAUUUUCUUCACGAAGGCCGAGGACAAUUUGUUGGCUUUAGGGCUAAAGCACUUUGAAGGGACCAAGUUUCCGAAGCUGCUGAUGAGCAAGUACCUCCUCACCUGCAAGACCGCCCACCAGCUGACCGUGCGGAUCAAGAACCUCAACAUGAACCGCGCGCCCGACAACAUCAUCAAAUUUUAUAAGAAGACCAAACAGCUGCCCAUCCUGGUGAAGUGCUGUGAAGAGCUCCAGCCGCAUCAGUGGAGGCCGCCUGUAGAGAGGGAGGAGCACCGGCUUCCAUUCUGGUUAAAGGCCAGCCUGCCGUCCAUCCAGGAGGAGCUGUGGCGCAGAGCUGACGGCGCCAGAGGGGUAGGAGGUGUGACGGGAGCCGCUGAGGUCAGCUCAGAGCCAGGCCUGGGGACAGGCAGCUCGGAACUGGGGAGUGAAACUCCGUACCCACUGCUGUUGCCCAAGGGUGUGGUCCUGAAACUGAAGCCAGUUGCCAACUGUUUUUCCAGGAAGGCCUGGAGACAGAAGCGGCCGUCAGUCCUGAAGCCCCUCCUAAUCAGACCCAGCCCCUCUCUCCAGCCUGGCUCCACCCCCGGGAAAACACCGGCGAGGUCCACUCCACCAGAAGCCCCUCCAAGCAAAAUGGUGGUCCGAAUUCCUCACGUGAUCCAGCCAGCUGCUGUCGUGCAGACAGUGCCAGGUGUCCCUCCGCCGGGGGCCCCUGGUGGGGACAGUUUUGAGUCUCCGACGGCACUGCCUUCCACGACCCCUGAGGCCGGGACCGGCUUCCCCCUGUCUGAGCCCCAGACUGCGCUCCCCUCUGCCCCUGUGCCCAAGGUGAUGCUGCCCUCGCUUGCCCCAUCUAAGUUUCGAAAGCCGUGUGCGAGGCCGAGAGCCUCAAAGAGAAAGGGGGCCAAGGCCUCUCUGUGUCUGGAGCCAGCCUCCCUCAUCCACCCCGUACCUGUUAUCUUCACUGUGCCUGCUGCCACGGUCAAGGUGGUGAGCCUUGGCAGUGGCUGCAACGUGAUCCAGCCUGUCAGUGCGGCUGUGGCCCAGAGUCCACAGGCCAUUCCCAUCACCACCCUCCUGGUGAACCCCACUUCCUUCCCCUGCCCACUGAGUCAGCCCCUUGUGGCCUCCUCUCUCCCACCCCUGAUUGUCUCCGGCAACUCUGUGAGUCUUCCUGUCCCGCCCGCCCCUGAAGAUAAGGCCCCGGUGAGUGUGGACAUCAGUUGUCCUUUGGCUGAAGGGAAAAAUGCCUUUCAAGGCCUAGAACCCAAAUUAGAACCCCAGGAACUGUCUCCUCUCUGUGCCCCUGUCUUCCCCAAAGAGGAGCACAGCCCAGGGCCACCAGCAGCAGACCGUGUGUGCCAGGAAGAGCUGUCGGAGAACAGCGCCUGUGGCUGGACUCUUGUGAAAGCAGAGGAUGGGGGGCAAGGUCUGGAGCCGCCCCUGGGCUCCCGAGAGUCUCUGAGCACACCCCCCCGGGACUUGGAGGACGUCGUCAAGAUGGAGCCCAGAGACCCCGGGGAGGACGCCUGUGAGGACAGCAGGGCAGGGUGCUCUGUGGGAUUGGACGCUGGCUUCCCAGGGGAGGAGCCAAGGAGGCCGCCCGUCUUACAGCAGGAGGAGGAGGAGGAGGAGGGAAGUCAGCCAGCGAGAACCUCUUCAGCCUCUCGGGAGCCUCGGGACGAGGGACACUCGGGAGCCGUGAGCAAAGGCUCUCCGAGGACCGCUUCCUCCUGUGCCGACCCCGACGCGGCGCGCAGCAGCCCCCCCGGGAAGUGUGAGGGCUUCGCUAGCGCUGACUGCCAGGCGGCCGGGACCCCGGCUGGGCCGGAAGCUGGGGCGGAAAAGGACGGGCCGGAGGAGGAGGAGGAGGAGGACUUUGACGACCUCACCCAAGAUGAGGAGGACGAGAUGUCCUCGGCCUCGGAGGAGUCUGUGCUGUCUGUCCCCGAGCUCCAGGAGACGAUGGAGAAGCUGACCUGGCUGGCUUCUGAGAGGCGCGCGGGCCAGGAGGGCGAGUCCGAGGAGGAGAACUCCCAGGAAGAGAACUCUGAGCCCGAGGAGGAGGAGGAGGAAGAGGCAGAAGGGAUGGAAAGCCUGCAGAAGGAGGAUGAGAUGACAGACGAGGCCGCCGGAGACCCUGCUGAGAAGCCGCCGGCCACCUUUGCCUCGCCCAGGACAGCUCCGGAGGCGGAGGCCGGCAGCGCCCCGCCAGGAGAGGGUGGCAGGGCUGCCGGGAAGGGCCGGAGCAGCCAGCGGGCUCGCGGCCGGCGGGGAGGCCGGGCCCGGGCCAGCAAGGACACCUCCAAGCUCCUGCUGCUGUACGAUGAGGACAUCCUGGAGCGGGACCCACUCAGGGAGCAGAAGGACUUGGCCUUCGCCCAGGCUUACCUGACCAGGGUGCGAGAAGCCCUGCGGCACGCCCCUGGCAAGUACGAGGACUUCCUUCAGGUUAUCUAUGAGUUCGAGUCAAGUCCUCAGCGGCAGACCGCUGUGGAUCUCUACAGAAGCCUGCAGAUCCUGCUCCAGGACUGGCCUCAGCUGCUCAAGGACUUUGCUGCUUUCCUGUUGCCCGAGCAGGCUCUGGCCUGUGGAUUAUUUGAGGAGCAGCAGGCUUUUGAGAAGAGCCGCAAGUUUCUCCGGCAGCUGGAGAUCUGCUUUGCAGAGAACCCCUCGCACCACCAGAAGAUCAUCAAGGUCCUGCAGAGCUGCGCGGACUGCCUGCCCCAGGAGAUCAGCGAGCUCAAGACACAGAUGUGGCAGCUCCUCAAGGGCCACGACCACCUACAAGAUGAGUUCUCCGUCUUCUUUGAUCACCUGCGCCCAGCGGCCAGCCGGCUGGGCGACUUUGAAGAGAUCAACUGGACAGAGGAGAAGGAGUAUGAGUUUGAUGGCUUUGAAGAAGUAGCCCUGCCUGAUGUGGAAGAGGAGGAGGAGCCCCCCAAGAUGCCCACGGCCUCAAAAAGCAAAAGAAGAAAAGAGAUCGGGGUCCAAAAUCACGAUAAGGAGGCCGAGUGGCCGGAUGGCGCCCGGGACUGUGCUUGCUCCUGCCACGAAGGAGGCCCCGAUCCCAAGCUGAAGAAAAGCAAGAGAAGAGGGUGUAGCCGCUGCAGCAGCAGGGUCUGUGACGGCAGAUCCUACAAGAGCAAGGAGCCCCAUGAGUCGGCGGGCGGCAGCCCCCACCGCGAGGCCAGCCCUGUGCCUGGUGCUAAGGAGGCCGGGCAGGGCAAGGACCUGCUGGAGGAGGAAGUCCCAGACGAGCGGGAAAGCGUUGAGGCUGCCCAGGGCCCGCCCGGCAGGGGAGCUCUGCCUGUUCCAGCAGGAUCAGCAGUGGGGAGCACGCAGGAAGUGACCCUGACAGAGCAGCUCGUCCUGGGGGGCCCACCGCCCUGUUCACCCGAGACUCCUCAGCUUUCCUCCAGCCCUGGAGUUGUGCUCUGCGUGGUUAGGAGAAACCAGGCUGAGCGUGAGGUCCUGCCCUGCCCUGAGGCGUCCCCUAGACUUCGGAAUGAGGGGGAGGACCAGGAGGCAGUGGGUGAGCCAGAGGCUUCCGUUCCCGCCUGGGAUGCUUCGGAAACUGAGAAAUGGCCUGGAACCGAGGAGAACCCUGCUUCCUUUCUGAGUCCCGUUUCCUCAAGGACCAGAGACUUAGGGAGGAGACGGUUGUCUGAGGUCUCAGACAGUCCGGGGAGCUGGUUGCUGUCGAGCAGAGCUGGGGUGAAGACCGCACACAGGAUGUCCCCCGUCCACGAGUCGUUGUCGGGAACGGACACCUCAGAGACUUCUUCCAAAGCCCCUAGGGGAGGUUUGGUUAAGGACUGUGGAGUGCAGGGCAAGGCUCCCGUGGGAGAGCAGCAGCCGAAGACCACAGAAGCUACUGUUUGUGCCAACAACAGCAAGGUCAGCUCCACCGGGGAGAAGGUGGUGCUGUGGACCAGGGAAGCUGACCGCGUGAUUCUCACCAUGUGCCAGGAGCGGGGGGCACAGCCACAGACUUUCAGCGUCAUCUCCCAGCAGCUAGGAAACAAGACCCCGACCGAGGUUUCCCACCGUUUCCGGGAACUCAUGCGGCUCUUCCACACAGCCUGUGAGGCCAGUUCUGAGGAGGAGGAGGACGCGACCAGCACCAGCAACACAGACCAGCUGUCUGACCGUGGGGACCUCCUGUCGGAGGAGGAGCUGGACGCGUGACCCUGGGCGCGUGGCGGUGUCAUCUGCUGGCCCCGGCUGGCGGCGCUUGUGCUUGGCUGGCGCCCCACCCCUGGAGCUCAGGCUGUAGGGCCGGAGGCGCGGGGGCUGAGGCCAACUGGGGGCGGAUGGCUCUGCUAGCUUACGAGUCCUUCUGGGUCUUUCUGAACGUUCUCGUGAACAGCAUCGAGGGAGUGGGCUUGGCUCCCUUUCUACCUCCCCUCUCCCCCCGCCCCCCUCCCCUCCCGGGUCUGAUGGCACAUAUUUAUUGUUCUGUGAUCCCACCACAGUGGUUCUAGACGUAUGAAGUGCUUGUGUUGGUGUAGCCAGUCCCAGAACAUUGAGCUCCUAUACCCAGCAGUUUUUAUUGUAAACCAGCUCUUUCCUGUUCCUGGGAAGCCUUAGUCCACGAGGCCACCCCCACUCCGGUAGCACUGGGCCAGGCUGCGCAGCUCCUGCAGGGCCUCGUCCAGGUCCCCCUGCUCCACGCCGGCGGCCAGGAAGCUGGCCCAGCGCCGCACAUCCAGCUUGGUGAGCUCUCUAGCCAGGUCUCCCAGGGUCCGGUUCAAGGACGAGGAGGAGCAGAGGGCCCCAAGCACUGGGAUGCUCUCCACGGCUGUAGAGGGACACAAAAGGAGGCCUGAAAAUGGCUUUUCUACCCUGGGCUCUGCCGCGCAGACUGGAUGGGAGAGUGAACUCACUGGACUGUGUGCCGUCCCCUCAGUAAACCAGUGCUCCAGAGGAAGGCCACGUCCCUCAGGGGCCACCAAGUGAAUAAAGGGAUGUUUAACUGUG